AUGGCUUUAGAAGGAUUUGAAUUUUUAUCGCCAACAAGUGAUGAAGAAAACAUUUUAAAAAAUUUACCUUCAUAUAAAAUACACCAAAAGUUAAAUGAAGAAAUAAAUAAAAACGAUUAUGAUCAUUAUUGUACAAGAAUAAAUACUUAUGAUAGCCAAUAUAAUGGAUUAUCAACGCUAUGUAAGAAAGUAGCAAAGGGCUUGAAAGAAUUAACUGCUAUUGAUGGAUUAAAUCAAAAUGCAGAUGAACGUUGUUCAAACGUAACUUACUGGAUGUACGGUCAAAUAUGGAAAAAAUUAAAUAAAAUGCCUGACAGUAUUAACCGGAAAUCGGCUAUUAAUAUAUUUAAAGAUGUAGAAUCUACGAUAUAUGACGCAACUGUAGGCAGGGGUAAUAGUUGUUACAUAGAAUUUGAAGAAAAUUUCGAUGAGUGGAAUGAUCAGAGCAUUUUAUAUGAUUAUAAUAUGAAUUAUAGUUCUAUUUUGAAAUGUAAUAAAUCUCAUAAUAAGGAUAACUGCAAACAUUAUUGUAAGUACGUUAAAUAUAUUAAUGAUAUAUAUAAAAAAUAUGAAAAUCAAUGUUGCGGUUCUAAUUACAUGAAUUGUGGUGAAUAUUUUGAUUGUAAUUAUGAUCCGAAUAUUCUCAUUAACGAAUUAAAUUGUAAUGGUAACCAAACAGAAACUUCAGAUUCUACAUUGUCCGAGCCAGAGAAACCAGCAGAAACUACCACUUUAACAGAAAUCGAAAAACUGAAACACAAUAUACUUAGAUGUGCUACCGUAGAAAAGGAAAAUGAUGGAAGCGGAACUUUAGUAUGUUCUGUAUUUCGCUCAUCCCCUGAUUCUUUUGAAAAUUUUGGCGUAGAACCCACAGGAAGGGAUUAUACAGAUGAAAAUCAAGAUUCUGAAAAUGACAAGGUUGCAGAAUCUUCUGACUUAGGAGAUAGCGAUACAAUGCAUCCUGAAAACGAAGCAGAUGUAAGUGGUAUUGAAAAAAAAGAAGAAAAAUUAAAUUGCAAAGAAAAACAUUUAGUAAGAGGACCAGAAGGUGAUUGUGUAGAGCCUAAUGUGCGUAAUACUGGAAGCAUUGGACUAAAGGUGGAAACUAAUGAUCCAAUAACAAGAGUUAGGUUCCAUUUAAACAGAAUUAAUAAUAUUUUUUCUAAUUUAGAAGAUAACAAGUUUCGCAUUUCCGUGGGAGGUAUGUUAACAGUAGGAAUAAUGAUGACAUUUUUCGUAUAUUACAAAUUAGUAGGUAUAGAGCAUUAUAAAUUUUGCAUAUUUUUCCAUUUAUAUCGUAGUUUACUCCACUCGGAUCCUGGUUUCGAAAUAAGUUUGGAAGAAAAAAGAAAAAUUUUCAUAAUUAUCAUGGAAAACUUAAGCAAAAUAUACACCAACAUGAAUUUGCACCUGGAAGUAUGA